AUGUCCAGAUAUCUCGGUCUGAUACUUAUUAUCAUGGCUUUUACUUAUACAUACGGUGCCAGGAAGUGCGAGGGUAACGGUCUAGGUCUACAAUACGUAUGGGGUGAUGCACUCACCGAUUCCAGUGAUUGUAUAGGGCCGAAUAACAUGCAGUAUCCCUCCGCCGCGAUAUCGAGGAGCUUUAAGAAUCUCUGGGCGGGCAGUAGUCGAACCGCGCGAUCGCAUCAGCUACGGACGAUUGAUCCCGAACUGACGAGGCAAGCGCUUUUGCACAACUACAAAGCGGCCCACGGAGACUUUUCUAUUGCCGGAAGUUUCCGGAACGGCCGUGCGUUUUCCGCGAAGGAAAGUUGCGGCUCGCCCGCCAGGCUCUGCAAAACAAGGUACAAUACCACGGCUCCUAUGUACGGUAUCAGCCUUACCAGCGGACAACCAGUAACGAUCGUGCAGAAGUUCCCCGAUCUCCUGCAGCAAGUCGUCUUUGAGGUCUGCGAAUCGAAGGAAUGCGAUGUGGUUCACGGCGAGUGCACGCAGACUUACGUACCGUACCUGUUUCUGGUGAUUCCCCUCGGUCCAGUGACCUUGACCGGCCAGGAUUACGUACUGGUGGAGAGCGGUUGCGUCUGUAAACCGAGAAAUUCGGCAAGCGCGUCCAUCGAUGCGCCGCCGGCCGUUCCAAGCUUCUAA